AAAUUAUUAAUUGCUUUAAUAAACAUAUUUCUUUUAGCAAUGAAAAACAAUAGUAUACUUUUGUUACCUUUUGGAACCUAACCCUAUGUUUUUCACUAGUCCUUUGUUUCAUAUAGCAUGGAUUCACUAUCGAGUUAUACAAGAGAUACCUAUACAGGGUGCUUCAAAAAAAUGUAUACACACUUUGAACUAUUGUAGUUUUCCCGCUCUACAAGGCUAAUGUUAUAUUUCUUCGCCAGGUGGCAGCAUAAUCGUCCCUCUAUGUUAUAUUAUCAGUUGGAAUUUGUAAUAUCAACAUGGGGGACGUACGUUUGAGUUUUGAAGAACGUAAGCAGGUUAUUAAGUGGUACUGGAAGUUUGAAAAUGUAAAUGAAGUUCAAAGACAGUGGAGAAGGGAGUAUGAUACAGAACCACCUUCAAGAUUAACAAUUACACGCAUACGAGACAAAUUCGAAGUUCAUGGAACAGUGUGUGAUGUGCAUAAAGGUCAUUCAGGUCGGCCUCGAACAGCUACAAGUGAUGAGUCAUCAACGGCAGUCUUGGAACUGUUUCAACGCUCUCCUAACAAAUCUUCAAGGCAAGGGGCAUGUGAAAGUGAUGUAAGUGCUAGCAGCGUGCUACGCAUUCUGAAGAGAGGCAAGUAUCGUGUUUACAUUCCAAGGCUGGUGCAACAGCUAAAUGACGACGAUCCAGAUCGAAGGUUGCAAUUUUGUGAAUGGAUUCAGGAGAUGGUGAUACGUAAACCGGGAUUUAUGGGUAGCAUCAUUUGGUCGGAUGAAGCCCAAUUCAAACUUAAUGGAACUGUCAAUAGGCACAAUUGUGUUUACUGGUGUGAAGAAAAUCCUCACAUUACAAUUGAAAAAGCUGUAAAUUUGCCUGGUGUAAAUGUGUGGUGCGGUUUGUCUUCAAGGGGACUCAUUGGACCUUUUCGAUUUGAAGGCACUGUAACUGGUAUUAAUUACCUAACAAUGCUUGCUGAUUCCAUAUUUCCUGCCAUUCGUGCAUUAUACGAUAAUGAUGAUUUUUAUUUUCAACAAGAUGGUGCUCCGCCGCACUAUCACAGGGACGUACGAGCUUACCUGGAUCAAAAUUUGCCGGGCCAGUGGAUAGGACGCAGGGGGCCAAUCGAGUUUCCACCACGCUCUCCAGACCUUACACCACUGGAUUUCUUCUUGUGGGGCACAGUAAAAGAUGAGGUGUACAAACGUAAACCACGUAACCUAGACAUUCUUUGGAAUGAGAUUCAAGCAGUGUGUAGAGAAAUCUCAUUGGACGUUUUGAUACGAUGUACAGAAUCUGUGGUGACUCGUACUCAGAAUUGUAUUGAUGCUGCAGGUCACCAAUUUGAACAGUAUUAACAUUUGUUAUUUAUGUUUCAUUUACAUUGGACUUUCAGCUUUCUAUUUUCCUGAAAUUUAACUUUGUAGAACGGUAAAUAAAUUUUCUAUGGAAGUUCAAAGUGUGUAUACAUUUUUUUGAAGCAC